GGUUUGUUUUUAGCGCUUUAUCCGAGCUCUGCAGCGAUGGGCAAUCACCCCAUCACCGUUUGCAACCAGGUGCUGAGCUGCGAUUUCGAAGCUGUGCGCCAGUCCAUGCGCUGUGGAAGCCGCUGCCUCCCGGACGAUGAGGAUGCUCAGCUGGCGCUGCGCUUGGUCUUCGCGCCCAUGGAUUCCCCUGCAUCAACUUCCUGUCCGAUGAAGCCAGGCGAGGAAGUCAUCGUGACGAGCAUCAAGAAGGCGCCCGGAUGGGAGCCUUUGACCUGGCGCCAGGACCGCGUGGCCCGGCAGGAGGCGGCGGCGCGGGGGGCGCGGCUGUGGCCGGGCCCGGGGGAGUCUCGCUUUGGCAGGCCCUCACGCUGCUGGUGUGUACAGCUCCUGGCGGCGGACGGGCGCGGCGGCGUGCGUCAGAUGUCGGCACUGCUGCAGGUGGCCUGUGCCCAAGAGGACCGCGACUUGGAAAAGGUCAAGGAUGCUGUAAAAGAGAUCAGCUCUGUGGCAAAGUAUGCGCACCGCUUCAAUUACCACGUCGCCCAAGCAGUGGGCGAAGAACCCGCCAACAUCCCGGCGAUCCGCGUGGCCUCGUCCGCCGCGUGCUUUGUGCUGGACAGUGUCAACCCGCGAGUGGCCGACGCUGGCGACACAGCUAUCCUGACCUUCUUUGACGCCAAGAACGUGACAAAGUUCGUUUUCGAAGGCGGAGAAGACUUCGAGGAGCUGCCGCAGGCCUUCUUCCACUUUGUGCUUUGGAGCUCCGGUGGGAAGGAGCUCCUCGCGGACCUGCAGGGCGCGCUGAAGGGGCAGGACUUUGUGCUGGUUGACCCAGUCUUGCUGCGGGGCGCGGAAAUGGCCAUUGCGGACGUCAUGGCGUUGAGCUCUUCCGGCGAACUGCCGAACCCAAACCAGCAGAGGUUCGAUCUGUGGCACCCCCGAUGUGGCCAGCUCUGCCGCAGCUUCGACCCCUCGCGGCGCACAAGCAGCACCAGGCGCGCUUGUGGCCUCCCUCUGAACUGCGGCGUUGGGGGCGGCUGAGCGGUGCAGGGAGCCCUUCCUCCACAAGCCACCGCCGAAGGGCCGGCCCCACUGCCCCUCUGCAGUUUGCAAAAAGGGCUUGGGCCAAGGUGAGGAAUCAGCCUUGGGCUGCCGGAAC